CGUUAUAGGGACCCGUAUUUCCGGUGUAGAAGAAAACGUUUCUUCGCGGAACUCGCGGAUAGACACGUUGUCGUUUCAGUGACGUUAGCUAAUGGAAACGGUGUUAUUUGCCAAUCGAUUCAGCUACAGCGACGUUUUUUGGGGUAUAAGCCAACCGAUGAGCGGAGGGCUUCGCAUUCUUCCAUCCUUUCAAAGGGCAGACAUGAGCAGCCAGGAUCAAGACCACCAUCUCCAUCCUAGUUGCCCUAACAAGACAACAGUCCCUGGUGAAUCGGCGGAAACUCAUGAUCUCACCAAGCAGCCGCUCCAAGGCUUAAAAUUGGCAUCACACGCAGUGCUGGAGAAGGCGCAGGAGAGGGGCCGGUUGAAAUGCUCUAAAUGCGGAGGAUCAAGGAUGUUCUUUUGCUACACGUGCUGCUCGUUGCUGGGUGUGCACCUGCAAGAGAUUCCUGUAAUCAAGCUUCCGGUGAAGAUCGACAUCAUCAAGCAUCCCAAUGAGACGGAUGGGAAGAGCACUGCAGUCCAUGCCAAGAUCCUUGCUCCCGGUGAUGUCACCAUACACACGUACCCCUGCAUACCGGACUACGAAAGGGGAAAGGUGGUCUUGGUGUUCCCUGGUCCAGGGUCUGUCUCAGUUCAAGAAAUGAUGCAGUGUCUGCAUGAACUGACAGACCAGAGGCCACGUGGGUCCUCUUAUGAACCCGCUGCAAAAAGGCAAAAAAGUGAGGAGGUUCAAGGCCCCACACACGGUGCAGAGAAUCCCCAGUCGAGCCCAGAUGAGGCAACGGGCUUUGAGUCAAGGGCGUACCCCCUCCAAAGGGUGGUCUUCAUUGACAGCACAUGGAACCAGACCAACAAGAUCAGCACAGACGAACGACUGCAAGAUCUGCUCCGGGUGGAGUUGAAGACGAGGAAAACGUGUUUCUGGCGCAGUCAGAAAGGCAAACCAGACACCUACCUAGCUACUAUCGAGGCGAUUUAUUAUUUCCUCAAGGACUUCCGUGAGCAUUGCCUUGCUCAGGAGUACGAUGGAGAAUAUGACAACCUUCUCUUCUUCUACUCCUUCCUGCACUCCAUUGUCAACAAAGCAAAGACUUCUGCUGGAAAAUGCUGAGGGACACUGAGAGGACAAACCUGAACCGUAGUUAAAGAGUGGAUUCACAUACCAGGCCUUUUAUGAUUUUGAUGAGUUAUAUUUUAUGCCUGUGGGAUCUUUAUUUUGUAUGAGAUACUAUUUGUAUAAGUGUGCAAUAAAAGUGCUUACAAUUGCCAAACAUGAA